CUUACUUUUUAAUGCGUCAAAAUAGUAAUUUAUUAAAUUCAUGUUUGAAUUAAUAUUAAAAAGUGGUACUUUAAGCGGAGUGUGAUAAAAUAGUUGAAACUUGAAGGCGUCCAAUUAUAUGAAAUGAAAAUUCGGUCGAAUGGCAAUUCCAGUCUUCCAAAGCGUUCAAUAAAGUACCCCACGAAAGUCGCCCCUAUUGUCAAUGGACAUAAGGUAGCGCAACGUCGGCCAUUUUACUGUUUUACUCGAUUCGGCGAUCGAAACGGCCUUUGUGACCCAAUCGACCAGUGGAAGAGUCCGGCCUCGCCAUUCGCUUUGUUGUGCUUGUGCAUCUUGUGUUUAUUUAUGUUCCCGUGAGACGAUGGAGGUUAAACCCGACACUGGACUGUUCGACUUGAGCAAAAUAUGUAGGGCCUGUUUGACCGAAAAGGAGGAGAUGAGAUCGCUUUUUAUUCAGGACGAGUCGACAGGAUCGGCGAUCGUAAUUGCCGAGAUGGUAAUGGGAUUAUCCUCGGUUCAGAUAACAAAUGAUGAUGGGCUACCUGGGGUAGUCUGCAUGAACUGCUUCCACCAAAUAAUCAGCUCGUUCACGUUCAAACGUCUGUGCGAACAAUCGGACAUGAAUCUGCGCCAGUACCUGGGCAAACCUCUCCCAUCUCAGAAAAAGGAGGAAGACCGUCGUCCGCAACAAUCCCAAAACGAUUUUAACUCCCUGCUGGACAUGGAUUCGUCCUCGGAAGAGAGUUCCGACGACGACUUCAGGGACGAGUACUCUCUAAUGCCGUCCACCGUGCCCGAAAACUCCGACGACGAGAAAGCCAUUGCUCAAAAACAACUGCUCAAAGCCUCCAAGAUGCAAAAAAGCAAGAUGUCCAAAAGAAAAAUGCUUGCCAAGUCAGGGAAGGCUGGACUUAUGUCGUCCAAAAAAAUGAAGUGCCACUCCAACCAGUGCAACGUGUGCAAAAAGCUGUUCAUCAACAUGAAAUCCUUCAAGAAGCACCUGAAGACCCACAUAGAAGACCGACCGUUCAAAUGCAAAGUGUGUAACCGCGGCUUCACCGAAGAGAACUACCUGAACAACCACAUGCGUACACACGUACCGGAAGAACAAAAGCCUCACGAGUGCAAGGUGUGCAAGAAACGCUUCAUACACCCGACCCCGCUCAGCAAGCACAUGCUCAAGCACACCGGCGAGAAGCCGUUCGUCUGCAAGAUCUGCAACAAGGGCUGCUACGCCGAGAACAGCCUCCUGAAACACAUGAAGAUACACGAGAAGAAGGAGGGCGAUCCGGCGCUGCUGAAGCACAUAUGCGAUUAUUGCAAGACGGAGUUCGCCGACGCCGAGACGUUGUCCGUUCACAUUAAGCAGCACACCGGGGAUCGACCUUUCUUGUGUAAUAUAUGCGGCAAGUGCUUCCCGCAGAGGUUCAACCUAGAACUCCACUUAAGAACACACACAGGGGAGAGGCCGUUCCAGUGCGAGAUUUGCAAGAACGGUUACGUGUCCAAGGCCAGUUUGAAGAUACACAUGCGGACCCACACGAACGAACGACCCUUCGUCUGCGACUUUUGCGGCAAGGCGUUCCGACAAUCCGGUGACCUGACCAGUCACAAACGUCUGCACGGCACCGAAAAACCCAUCGAGUGUUCUGUAUGCCAAAAACGGUUUACGACGGUGAUGAAGCUGAAGUACCACAUGAGGAACCACACGGGUGAACGGCCGUACGUGUGCAACGUGUGCGGCCGGGGAUUCACCGUGAACACCAUCCUGUUGAGGCACAUGAGGGUGCACUCGGGUGAGAGGCCGUACGUGUGCGUGACGUGCGGGAAGGCGUUUUCGCAGUCCAGUACUUUGAACACGCAUAUGAGGGUUCACAAUCCCAACCCUAAGUUUAAUAAUCAAGAACAGACUGAGCAGCAGCAACAACAACAACAGCAGCAACAACAACAGCAGCAGCAGCAGCAACAGCAGGAGAGGAUGAAGUUCCACACUGUUGAGCCAAAAUAUGAAACCACCCACAUGCAGACAAUACAACAAGAUACCAGGAUGUUACAGCCAGAUACCACUAGGAUGUUGUCGAGUGACGGUGCUAGAAUUAUAACUGAAACUGGACAUCUAUUGACUGAUACUAGAAUGUUAGGGGAGCAAACUGUUAUUGCCACUGAUGGUACUAGGCUAUUGGUGAAUGUGGGGGAUACCAGUAGAUUACUUGUAAAUGAUGGCUCAAGAAUUAUUACCAAUGAUAAUAGACUGAUUUCUAAUGACAAUAGACUAUUGACCAAUGUUAAUGAUAAUACAAGAUUAAUGAGCAAUGAUGGCACGCGUCAUUUAGUUAUUGAAGGCACUCGGUUGAUAACAGAUAAAUACCUUACAAAUUAUGAUCCAUAUCACAGGGGGCAACUUUAAUCAACUGAUGCGUAAAUAAAAUUUAUUGAAUUCUUUAUUAUUAAUAGUCUGAUUUUGUUUCGCAACUUCAAACCUUUAGUAAUUAUGAUUGUAACCAUUUAUUUGUACUUUAAAUAGUGAUAAUUAUAUUAUUAUGUAUGUAAGAUAAUGUUAUCUUACUAAAAUUGCAUAACUACUUCCAUUUUUAUUUAUACAGCAUAUUUAAUUACAAUUUUAUACUCAUUAUUUAUUUUUUUAAAUAAAGUAUUCAACUUAA